UAGCAACAUUAGACGCUUUAGUGGACGUUUCGUAAACAUGGCUAAGUUUGUUCUUGCGGGCAAAGCUGAUUGUCCUUAUUACGCAAAGGCUGAACUUCUUGCAGAUGUGCUGCGACAAAAACUGCCCGACUUUCACAUCCACAAGAUUUGUGUGCAUCCAACUGAUUGGAAGGUGUGGCUGGAGGACACAUGUGCAUUAAAUGGCUGGAAGCAUUCGAGUUCUCCUAUAGUAUGGAGGGAGUUGGUGGAUCGUGGUGGGAAAGGCAUGCUUCUUGGUGGAUUCAGUGAUUUUCUUGAGCAUGCACAGGGUUAUUAUGGCAUCACCUCAGAUAUGACCUCUGAUCUGAUGCUAAAAAUUGCAGCGGAGAAUCUUCAAACGAAAGAACUGUGCAUGCAGGAGGAAUUUCAAAGAUGCAGCUCACUCACACCACUACACGUAUGGAUCAGCAGUGCACUGAACCCGGUCUCCUACAGCCUCAUUCCUCAGUUAUUCACAUCAAGACUGUUCCCAAAUUCCCCAACCAUCAGUCUUCACCUCCUUGAUAUUGACGGCUCUGUGGAGCAGUUACAGGAGCUCAAGAUCGAGACGGAAGACCUCGCGCUACCUCACCUCCAUGAGGUCACCAUCCAUUCAGACCAAACACUACUGUUUCAGCAAGCCCACUUCAUCAUCUUUCUGGAUGACCCGCUCUCAAAACGUGACAGUAAUGAUGAGCGGGAUAACAAGGAGCACGGGGUGAGCCGGGUGGCAGAACGUUUUCGUUGCUAUGGGCAACUCAUUGAGGCAAAUGCACAAAAAGACGUGAGAGUGCUGGUGGCAGGAGAUGUUUUUAUUAAUCUGAAAUGCACGCUGCUGAUAGAGAACGUGCCCUCGGCCGACCCGUACAACUUUGUGGCGAUGGCAACGCAACUGGAGUGUGAAGCGAAAGCUCAGCUCGCACAGAAGUUAGCAGUGAAGACAACAGACAUCACAAACAUCAUCAUAUGGGGAAACAUCACCGGCAAUUGCUACAUUGACCUACAGAAGGCGGCGGUUUUCAGAUAUGAUGGUGCUGUUUGGGGACCAGAUAGUUUUUCUCAACCAGUCUUGGAGAUGAUUUACGAUCGGAAAUGGCUGGAGACAGAUUUUCUGAGAUUAGUACGUGAACGUCGUGCCACAAUUUCAUCAAAGACCAGCAAAGCCACAAGCGUGUCAACCACCAACGGGAUAUUGGCAGUUUUAAGAGCCUGGAACAAUGAUACCUCUGCAGAUGAAUUCUUCUCAUUGGGUGUAUACAGCACAGGACAGUUUGGUAUACCAGAAGGUUUGGUGUUUUCCAUGCCUGUGAGUUUCAGAGCCGGUCAAUGGUCACCUCGACUGGAUGUUUCUGUGACAGAUGAGCUGAAGGCAGAGCUUGAGGCUUGUACUGAUGAACUUAAAACAGAGAGGCAUAUUGCAGGUGGAGUACGGAAGGAACGCGUGUCUGAUGAUUCACUUCAUCAAUGAAAACGUGAUGAUUUCAAUAAGAAUGGAAUUUUUAAAGCUUUGUGUUUUUUCUUUGUAAAUAUACAGCCACUGAAUACAUGAAGAAAGCUCCAAAUUGUAAUUUAAUCAUCAUUUCUACAUGUAUCAAACCAAAUUAAAAGCAAACCUUAGUAGUGACAAAGCCCAAUAGUGAAUAUGUGAAAGACUGAGACAAGAUGCAUGAACGCUGUGAUUAAAAAGAAGUCUUAUUCCAUCAAAUAUUCAUUUUUGAAACAUUGGCUGCUACUGUAUCGGCACAAAACUAAUGAAUUCUAGCAACAUUUGAAAUACAUCCACUCUCCAAAACCUCACUUUCUGAGGACCAUCUGCCGUGUCCUCUGUUGCCAGCUCACCACAUGUCCUCACGAACCGCAGGUCAACGAUGGCGGCCUUACCUCAUGUGACCUUCAUGCCUGGCUACACCUCCGAAAAAGCAUGAAAGGCCAGAGGCUAGAGAUGGAGAUCAUCCAAUACUAAAUAAUUCUAUCAAAAUAGUGAGAACAUUCAAAUUAUUUUAAAAUGAAAAUAAAACAUGUGAAGUUGAAAACUAGAAAAGACAUAUUGAGAAAAAAAAUUCAGACCAGACCGACCAUUCAACAAUACGCUUAGUGAAAUGCCAAGUGCUUUUUAUAGAGCGUAAAGCAGUAACAGCAUGAGCAAAACACAAUCACUUCUACACAAACAUGAUGUCUCCGAAUUCUUUUAAAACACAAGACUCUCGGAAUCGGAUGCUUGUGGGGAUCUACAUAAAAAGCAAAAAGCACUCCAACCAGAGAAAUGACUGUGAAAAAAAAACACUUUUUGACACAGUGUCCUAACCAGGCGUGAUAUGCUUCAGGUUUCCAGCGGCAAGCAAUCGUUCCACAUUAAAGCAAACCUGAAAAUCUGCGAUGUUUCAUUUUGGACCAAUGAUAUUUCACAAUAUGAGCAAUUUAAUUAGAAACAUAGAAUCAAAGCAAUUGACAAAAAAUACUCUCUUUUGUUCUCAAUUAUUCUGAAAGAGAUUUAAUAACUUGUAUUUUUUAUGACGUCACACCUGGUUAGCUCGCUGUGUAUGAGUUCAAUUCAACUUUCCACUUUGAGGAAUGUGAACAAGCAACGAGCAUAUCUCCAGAACGUCUAUUUUAAAAGAUGUGUACAAUGUUACAGGCCAUUUAAUAUAUACAAUGGUUUUAUAUACACGUCUCCAGUUUAAAAGAUAUUUCCCUUUUGCGUGAUAAGUAAUUGAAAAAUAUAUUAUAUAUAUAUUGGAUCAUAAAAUCCUAUAUUCAUUAAGUGCCACACAAAACGGUCACCGAGACUCUGAAACUGACAUAAUGGCAAACAUUUUCAGUUUGGGCUCAUUGAUUUGUAGAAAUAUAUGUUGGGCAUAUAUCGCCUACAUGUCACAAAUGUAAACAAAGCUCAAUGAUUCCCUCUACAAAUUUGAAUUUCGAUUGGAAAAAGGGAAAAUUAAUUCAGUCAAGCCCAUGCACAAACUCCUCCCACAGAAACUCAAGCAUAUCUGUUGAAAUGCUAUUUCAGGGAAUCUGUGACCACGUGAUGUGAUUCUUUACAAUGCAAUGGAAAUCAUUUGGCAUGGUUAUGAAAAUUCAGAGGUCCUUCAAAAAUCAAGCAUGUACACAAACAAAUCAUACAAGUGUCAUAAUAUAUUUAACCUGAAUAGAAAUAUAUUAUGUUAGGAUUCAAUUCUAACAUGUUUAAUUAAAGCAAGAACGGCUAAAUAAGUGUGUGCUACUAUUCCGUGCGCUGCAUUCACAAUCAUGUUGUGCGUAAAUUCAACAAGUUCAUAGAUUACUUUCCAAGACGCAAAAAGUAAAUGGCACAGUCCAAUAUUUAUUUCAUCGAGACUACUUUCGGAAACUGGUUACGUAACAUCUACAAAGCCCAAUUUAUUCAACGUUUACGUUUUUAAAAUCUUGCUUUAAAUUCUUCUAGGUUUUGCCAUCCCA